CGGUGAGACACAGAAGAGUGAGUGAUCCUCUGGUAUGGUCGUUUCCAGCUACACCACUUCUCCUUGUAGCGUCCCUCGCUGCAACUCCUCGGGAUGGCAGACAGGCAGCAAAACGAAGGGCAUGAAGUCUGAAGAAAUCGGGCUUAUGUUAUAGCCGCUAAUUGUGUCGAUGGUCACUGCUGAGAAUAACCUGAUAUGCACAAUUACCCUGGAAGAACUUCCAUUCCUAGUGCUUUUGUCUAGAUGAUCUACGACGUUUGUGAAUCAGCACAGCAUUGCAUGCAUCAGAUGCAGGUCCCCCUGGGAGAGUGAAGCUAAGGUUCGAUGGGCGACUUUGCCUGUCCCCAGUUCCAGAGCCUCGGUGAAAGAUAUCCAGUAUUGGAGAAGCUGCAGAAGGUUUCCAUCGGACCUCUUGUGUUUCUGAUCUUCUACGAGGUCUCCGGCGGUCCUUUCGGUAUAGAGGAUAGUGUUCAGGCGGCCGGUCCUCUCCUAGCGAUCCUUGGGUUCCUAGUUUUUCCGGUCAUAUGGAGCAUCCCGGAAGCACUGAUCACCGCGGAACUGGGCACCAUGUUCCCGGAGAACGGUGGCUAUGUGGUGUGGGUGUCCUCUGCGCUGGGCCCGUUCUGGGGUUUUCAGCAAGGUUGGAUGAAGUGGCUCAGUGGCGUCAUAGACAAUGCCUUGUACCCGGUUCUGUUCUUGGAUUACCUCAAGUCAGGCAUUCCGCAAGUCGGCGGCGGCCUGCCGAGAGCUUCCGCGGUGUUAGGCUUGACACUCGUCCUGACCUACAUGAACUACAGGGGCUUGACCAUCGUCGGAUGGCUAGCCGUUCUGCUCGGGGUCUUCUCCAUCCUUCCCUUCAUCGUCAUGGGAUUGGUGUCGAUGCCGGAGCUGAGGCCGAGCAGAUGGCUGGAGGUUGACUUACACGACGUCGAUUGGAAUCUGUACUUGAAUACGCUCUUCUGGAAUCUCAACUACUGGGAUUCAGUGAGUACCUUGGCAGGGGAGGUUGAUGAUCCCGCUAAAACUUUGCCAAGAGCCCUCUUCUAUGCAGUGAUUCUGGUCGUUGUCGGCUACUUGUAUCCUCUGCUGACGGGAACCGGAGCCAUUCCCGUGGAUAGGGAAUCAUGGACAGAUGGAUACUUCUCCCACAUAGCAACAACUCUCGGAGGCGUUUGGUUGACAUGGUGGGUGCAGGGUGCCUCUGCAUUGUCCAACAUGGGGAUGUUUGUGGCUGAAAUGAGCAGCGACUCAUAUCAACUUCUUGGCAUGGCAGAGAGAGGAAUGCUGCCGGAGUUCUUCAGCAGGAGGUCCCGAUUCGGGACUCCUCUCAUCGGGAUCCUGUUCUCUGCAUCCGGAGUCCUGCUGCUGUCAUGGCUGAGCUUCCAGGAGAUAGUUGCUGCAGAGAACUUCCUCUACUGCUUCGGGAUGCUGAUAGAAUUUCUCGCCUUUGUGACACUAAGGAUGAAGUACCCAACAGCAUCCCGGCCUUACAAGGUGCCUCUUGGGACCGUCGGUAGCAUUCUGAUGUUGGUUCCUCCGACGUUGCUGAUACUUGGGGUUUUAGCUCUUUCUUCGCUCAAGGUCGCAAUGGUGAGCAUCGUCGCUCUCCUCAUGGGAUUUGCGUUGCAACCUUGUCUGAAGUAUGUGGAGAAGAAACGGUGGUUAAGGUUCUCCGUUAGCCCUCAUCUUCCUCAUCUUGGAGCUACUACUCAAGAUGAGAAUGCUGUGGAGGCUCUGAUGCCGGUCUUGCUUGCAGAUUCUAGAAUCUAGCUACCGCCAAUCUGUAACAGGAGGAUAUACCUUUCAUCUUCCAACUC